CACAUAAACCACCUUCAUAGAAAUUUACACCAAAAACUUCUGAAAGUUACUGUACACAACACCCAUCGUUCAAAAUGUGCGGAGGUGCAGUUAUUGCCGAUUACAUAACGCCGUCGCGAUCCAGCAGAUCCUCUAAGUCUACCUGGAGACGCGACAACGACGUCGUUGACUUGACGCUCGACGACUUCGAGUCGGAGAACGAGGAUAUCUACGGAUUCUCAACGGCCAAGCCUGCCGCUCCUCUCCGCCGCUCUUCUCCUCCACAAGAAGAUCGAAGGAAGAAGAAGAAGAGUAGUGAGUACAGAGGAAUCAGGAGAAGGCCAUGGGGAAGAUGGGCGGCUGAGAUUCGAGACCCGAUCAAAGGCGUUCGAGUUUGGCUGGGGACGUUCAACACUGCUGAAGAUGCUGCGAGAGCUUAUGACCUUGAAGCUAAGAGGAUCCGUGGAGCCAAAGCUAAGCUCAACUUCCCUAACGAAUCACCUUCAAGAAAACGUAAAGCUUCUUCUUCUUCUUCACCGCAGCCUCAGGUUAAGAUAGAGGAGAAGCAAGAGGUUGCAGUGGCUAGUAGCCUGUGGGAGGGGGACACGAUUCAGGUAGAUACACAGUGGCUUGAAGAUGCCAUCAAGGGCGGCGAGAAGGAGGGGAAGAGACAGAAGGGUUGUGAUGGUGAAGGUGACGUGAAUGCUUUGCUUUCGGAAGAGCUUCUUGCUUUUGAGAAAGAGACGGAGUGUUUCUUCCAGAUGCCGUUUAUGGAGGGAGGAAGCAGUGUCUUUGAGGGAGAUGAUGUCUUGGAUCUUUGGUCUUGAAUGGUUCUUUUGUACUAAUGACAUGAAGUCAUUGGUGUUUGUAUUUGUAUAAAUGAGAUUAUUGUUUUGCUUGUGUGUUAUGACUCUUGUAACUGUGAUUCUUCUCCCUUGUCAAUGUAAAAUAGCUUAAAUUUUUCUAGCUUGUCCAUAUCACCAUUGCGGAACAUAUGAUCUAAACUUGUAACCUCAGUUAGGGCAGAGGAAGGAACAUUUACCUUCUGGUGCUAUAGCUUGCUAUGCACGCCUUUAUAGAUGACCUCAUUUCUAAUCUUUCCAUAGCAUAGUUUCAAUCUUCCACGGCUGAUCCAGAGGAAAGGAAAAAGCAGCUUGUAAGUUGUAACUCUCUGUCUACCAUCACACCGUUGGAGGACAUAAAACUAGUGAUUAACACCCGGAAUAGAUUUGAGAAUGGACAAAGAAACAGACUGUGGUUUUCACUGUUUAUAUUCUUGAACAUAAGAACUCUUUGGGGACGCGUCUAUGAUAAGGUAAUCUUCCUGACCAGGAAGUACCAUUUGUUUUGCAUUUCGUGGAAUUCACAAGUUUCAAAUUCAAAUGAUCAGAAUUGUUGCAAGGAACCAGAAGCUCAAAACUAUAUUUAUAACAAAACGUACGAGAUAAAUAUAGUAGAAAUUCCAUUCAAAACAAAAAGUGCAAAACAGAAAUACCCUAAAUGUCUUGUCCUAAAGAGAGGAUUGAAAGAGACAGAGAGAGCUGUGAUUCGAUAACUCUUCAAUUUCCAACAGCAACAAAA